AUGACCAAAGAUGAACAGGCUCAGGAAAGGCCAAAGGACAAAGAAAGCACUGAAACUUUGGAAGUCCUGGAUGUGUUGCCCCCCCCUCCUCCUGAAACAACCAAACUGGAGCCUCUCAGAAUGCCUUCAGCAAGAAACCCACCAAUGGGAAAAGCCAAAGAAACAGUGAAAAAAAUCACAAAGGCAUAUCAAGCAACUGGAAUGGCUGCUAAAGAAGCCAUCCCAGCGAAACUAAGCUCAGAUGAAGAUGCCUUCGAAACAGUCAGAGGACGAGUAGCAGUUAAAAGGGAUAUCAGACGGCAACGCCGUUCCCGCUCUCUAUCUGCACCCCGGACCCCCCCAGCACGGACAGGCACACCCCCCCCAAGCAAGAGAUCACAUAACCAGGCUAUUACACCACAGCGGCCAAAAUCCCAAAAAAAGGCCAAAGUGGACUUAAGCUAUCUACAAAGUGGCCCUGCCACUAAUAAACGCAAUGCCUGGACCGGAUGGCAGGUGGCAAUGGCUUUGCACAAAACAAGUGGUUGGGUAGAAACAGCCCACCUCAACUACUUCGCCAUAUACCCAGAUGUGGCACAGCAAUGGAUGAGCCGGUUGCCAGUUGCAAUCUACAACAACUGCACAGACUGGCUUAGGAAAAGGAGAACAGCUGGGAAGACCCCCAAUGCGCCACAAGGAGAAGAUCUGGAAAAGAUCAAACAAGAAACAGCCACUCCCCAUCCAUCAAUUCGCAUAUCAAAUCUCCCCCCCUCAUACCCCCUAACUACUUCCCCCCCAUCAUCAUCGUCCCUGUCAUCCCCCCCCUCUGACCUCUCUUCAGUAGUACUGGAAAAAACAUAUGUGAAUGGAAAAGAAAUGGAGGAAGCACUUCUAACUGUGAACUCACAUGACCAGAAUGCAAUGGAAAUCCAGGUAAGAUAUGCAACUAGCCCAAGCAUAACCAAGGUAAGUAUAGGUAAGUUAAACCCUGAAAUAGGCAUUGAGGAGUUCAUCUCUGCUCUGGGCAACUCCCUGAAAAUGGAAAUCAAGAUGAGUAAGGAAGGUCAGGCUAUUGAAAAUGGCCGGCCGGUUGACCUCAGUAUAGAGAAUAGAGAUGUGGUGAAUCUAACCUGCCUCUCUGUAAGAUCAACUCCUGAAAACUCCCCCUCACCACCACCAAAUCCCUUAGGAGCUAAGAUUAACAUAGCAAUCCUCUCUAACCUCAUAGGAGGAAAAAGCAAACUAACCGAUUGCUACAUUAUGCUUAAGGAACAUAUAGGAACCCUUAAGGAGAGACUCACCCCCCAAUUAAGGAUGGAACCAGAUAAAUAUGACCUUCUGCAUAAAGGCAAGAUUCUGGAUCCAAACAUGACAGCACAGGAAGCUAAUAUAGGAACCUAUGCAAGACUGACUGCCAACCUUAAGCAAAAACCAACAUAUGCUGAGGCUUCCUCCUCCUAUACAGCCUUACCUGAAACUGAUAUGGAGGAAUCCGAAGAUGAAAAUAUGCUGGAUGUCAUUAUUACAGUCCCAGUUGAAUAUGAGGGUGUGAUACAUGACAUCACCACAAGCAAAGACAAAAGUGUUGGUACAAUCACUGAGCUAUAUAUCAAAAAAGCCCAGCUUGACAUCCACUUCACAAAUUUUAUAAUAUGCAAUGAGAAGGAAGAUAUCCCAUCCUUCUACUCAAUAGAUUAUGCUAUAAAUGAAGGUCUGAUGAAGUAUGGCACCAAACUUCAUCUAACCCAAAAAACCCCCCCUCCAUCAAUAUGA